AAACAGAGAGAUAGUGUGGGAGAGGGAGAGAUUCCCCCACGUAUGUUUGUGCCUUGAUUGUCAAAAAUGCACACAUAUGUAUUUAAGAGCACCACGCAAGUUGUUUUAGUUUAGUCGCGUUGUUACCUGUGCUGAAGUUAUUAAAUUCUAAACAAAAUGCCGCAAGCAAAGAAUUCUGCCUGGCUGCAGAUACAAAGCAUAUUGAACAGCAUAAAUCAUAUGCUGAUCUUGUUGGUGGCAGUUUUCUUUUUUGUGUUGGCAAGGAGCUUGGAUUUCAAAGAUACCGCCAUGCACAUGUUCUUGACCGGUACAGGUUUUCAUGUACUGAUAAGCGAGGCCUUGAUGUCACAUUACAAAAUAAAUCCUAUAACUCGCUGGAUUUCGCAUAAGAACAAGUCUCGCUAUCAUGGACUGCUUCAAGUGAUUGGAGGCUCCAUGGUGCUGCUGGGAGCAGUGGGCAAAUUUACUGAUAAGGACGUUCAUUGGAAUACGUGGCAUGGCCGCAUUGGUAGUGCUGCCGCUCUAGGCUGUUUUGCAAGCCUUGUGGGUGGCUUAGCUAAUUUCUUUCAACCCAAGAUUGCAUUAAAGUACUAUUCACCCUCGGAGUUGCGUUUUCGCCAUAAUCUCUUUGGUUUAAUCAACUUUACGCAAGGCAUGGCUGCUAUCUUUUUGGGCUACUAUUCCAGAUUCUUCACACGUUUUGUGGACAACCAAUAUAUACCCGCUUUGAUGCUGACAACAGCGCUGGUAUAUUUGUUAACCAUGAUUGGUCCAGUGUCCUCGCUGCUAACCAAGCUCAAGUACAGACGCCAAAGGGCACAAUAGAGCCACGUAAUUUGUGCUGGGCUCUAGUUGCUUUAAAAAAGAGAGAGGCUAUAAUAAGGCGAACAAACUUUGUGAACUGCAGCAAAAGCAAUUCAAUUGCCUGCGCUUGGAUUGUUGCCAGAAAUGUUGUCUGCAGCUUUAAUUGUAUAUACUAUUUGCAGUAUAAAUAUAUAUAUAUAUGUGU